CUGCGCUCCUGUCAUGCACGCGAGAAGGGAAAUUGGCGAGCAUAGGAUCUGCACACGCACACACACAAACAUAGACACAUAGACACACACACACACACACACACGCACGCACACAGACACACACUUGCACUGAGAGCGAGAGAGAGAGCCUUGAUGAUUGCUGGCUGCACGACACGAAUUUGGUCAGCGAUUUUUUUUUUCAUCUGCCACAGCACAGAUCUGCACGAGAUCAAGCCUUUAUUCCUGUAAUAAAAGCGUGCAUUGGCGUUUUAACAUCUGCCAGAUCCGCCGCGCACAACUCCACAGGGAGGCAGAGGAGCUCGAGCCGUUAUUCUUCUUAAUAAGAGAUUUCAGGAAAGCAAGAGAUGCCAAAAAGGAGCAGACUUUGGUUGCUGCUGCUGCUGCUCGUGCUACUGCUCGGGCUGCUGGUCGUCGCAUCGGCGCACGAGCAGGACGUGAACGAAUCGUACUCGCCGCGGAGAGCGCGCGCCUCCGCCAACAGCCCCGCGGAUGUGGUACGCUGUUUGAAUAGUGCCCUCCAAGUGGGCUGUGGUGCCUUUGCUUGUCUGGAGAACUCCACGUGUGACACAGAUGGAAUGCAUGACAUCUGCAAGUCCUUUCUCUACAGUGCUGCUAAAUUUGACACUCAGGGCAAGGCCUUUGUGAAGGAGAGCCUGAAGUGCAUCGCCAAUGGCAUCACCUCCAAGGUCUUUCUUACUGUGCGCCGUUGUUCCACUUUCCAGCGGAUGAUCUCGGAGGUCCAGGAGGAGUGCUACACCAAGCUGGACAUCUGCACUGUGGCCAAGUCAAACCCAGAAGCCAUUGCAGAGGUAGCUCAACUGCCCAGCCACUUUCCUAACAAGUUUUAUGGGAAGCUGCUGCAGAGUUUAAUGGACUGUGACGAGGAAACAGUCGACCUGUUGAGGGUGAAUCUGAUGGCCCGGUUGGGGCCUGAGAUUGCCAUGCUCUUCCAGCUACUGCAGAAUAAGCCUUGCCCAUCCACUGCUGUGCCCACUGGGGCGGAGACUCGUGGAGGCUGGCACUGGCCCGCCAGUCCCCACCCACACAAGAACCAGCCUCAUCUACGCAACAGGGACGCGGCCAAUCUCUUCAGCAAGAAACGCAACAUGGAUAACAGCUCUUAACCCUGACCACAUUUCAUGGUCCAAACCUAGAGGUUGUGCACAAUUUUGCAAAAUGAAAAAAAAAAAAACAAACAAAACAUAUUAGUGGCUCAUUCACCAUCAGAAUGCAGGAAUAACGUUAACUCUCUUGACCAGGAAAAAAGAAAUGCACCUAUAUGAAAAUAGCUUGAAUGUCAAAUGUUUAUGUUUAUCAACUUUAGAUUUGAUUUAUAUUGUCAUAGAAAUUCAAGGGACUAGUUUACCAGCUAAGCUUUUUUCAUAUUUAGAGACUGACCUAAGCACAGUUAAAGUCUCUUUUACAAGCUCAGUGUAAAAUCUCCUUAAAAAAAUAUUCAGGCCAUUGUGUAGAGAGUUCUUAGAUAGAUUUAAAAAAAGAUAUUAUUUUCAUGAAAAGUAUCUAAAGAGAAAACUGAAAAUAAUACCAUCAAUAUAGAACCAUUUAUAUAUCUAUACAACCAAUAUAUCUUAAAAAGGUUACAACAAAGAAAAUAUGUGUAUAUAUAUACUGAAUAUAUUGUUAAUGUGAAAUAGUUGGCAUGUGCUAUAAAUAUGAGAGUGUACUAUUUAUUUAUUAACAGAUAUUUUACUAUUUUUAGAUGUUAAAUUGCCACUAGAUCUUAAAUUGCCACUAGCCUUUUUGUGAAAGCUCACUCACUGGGUGAGAGAUAUCUUUAAAAAGAAAAUCUGCAGGAAUUCAUUAUAAAAGACCAAAAAACUAAGAUUUACUCCAGAUACCAUAUCUCAUAGACCCUGCGUGCAGUAACAUUAGGUGUCAUGACUAAAAUCAUUUUUUUACAUAACUGAUUAGAAAUCUGAAAGAAGGCGAUCAUUUAGUAGAUAUUAUUUUUCUAUAAAAAAAAACAGCAACAUUUGUUGCUAACCCUCGAGUGCAAUGCUAGUGUCACAUGAAAUUAUGAAAUUAUAGCCAGACGUAAUGGACAGAUGAACAACUUGCUCCCUGGUGAAUAUGACGUACAGAGGUGGGGUCGAGCACGCAAGUGCUGCAAAGCAAACCAAGAUGUCUAUUUAAGAAAAGAGCCUUUUGGGUUUAUUCAUAUUUAUUUUCCUACUAUAUUAUUUAAGUGUUUAUUUUAUUGCAUUUCUGUAGAUAUUCUGUGAUGAGUCAGUUAGAGGUGUUUUUAUUUUCUCUUUUCUCUUUUUCUUUUAGUGCCAGUGGCAUUGCCGAGUGCCUGUUUUUUUUAGAUUUAGAUUCUAUUUCUUGGACCUCUCUCUUUCAUUUUCUUCAAGAUAAGACCCAUGUAAUGACUCUGUGCUGGUCAUGGGGGAACACGUUGGUCAUUUGAGUCAGCUCACCUUCACUGAGAGUGUUGUACGGGACCACUAUAAAAGACUAAAAGUACAAAAAAGGUGUUGCGAGCAUUGCCACUUACUGUGUAUUUUGUGCAGGGUCAACAAUAGACUGUUGCUUAGAGUUAUAUUUUCAGCUUUAAUAAAAUCUGCCUGUGUUAGGGGAAAAAAACAUCCAGUAUUUUAAAGCACCACUGGUUUUAUUUUGUACGUGAAGUGUGGGUUUAAGCUGUUCUAUAGUACACCUACGGUUAGCACAAACAGUUCAAACUGGAACAGUCACUGCAAAGUGUUUUCUGGAGCCAUUCUUGACACUAUGCAAUAUACAAUGUUUAUGAAAAGGCCUAUUUUUUUUCUCUCGGAGUGUUUACCCGUCGUGGAAGAGUAGACAUCUCUGUUUAAGUGCUUCAUGUAGAAGUGAAGAUAAACCAAGACGGGGCGGGGGGGUUGUUAGACUUAGGGUCGUAUCUAAUAAAACUGCCACCAAACCACUAUGGCUAUUUUUAUUCUAUGAGAUGUGCUUGUAGAAAGAGACCGUUCCAGUAGAAACGAAAUGAAGGUCAGUUUUUGAUAUGUAAAAUGCUUUAAGCUUAGCUGUUAAUGGAUAAACGGUGCCAUCGUGGUUUUGUAGUGAUUAAGCAGUUUGAUAGAAUUAUGCCCAAAGAUGAAUAAAAUGAAGGGAUCCAAGGACAGGAUGCAAUGUUAAUUUUGCCACCCCUUUCAGAUUUCAUCUCGAGUCAGAUCACUGAUUUGACUUUUCAUACACAAAAUGCUGCCAGACUUUAUGUUGAGUUCGUGGGCUUGUCAUCACAAUACAAGUUAGACAGACAUAAUUAUUUUUUAUGUCAUCAUAAGUCAUCAAAUCACCGAUCGUUUUCAUUAUUCUCGUGCAAAAUUAACACUGGCAGUGGCAAUGACUGUUUUUUCUUAAACCAAAUGAUGUGCACAUUUAAAAUAAACUCACCAAACUAUGCAAUAAUUCCUAUAAAGGUUUCAUGCUUAAAAAAAUCCACAUUAUAACGGCCUGAGUAAAAGCAAGGGCCGGUCAACUUUGAAUUUUAGACUACAGUAGAGCCUUUUACCUCCCCAUAUGAACGGCAAUGUAACUCCCCAGUCCCAAGUUGACUGUCUCUCCCUGUUUCUUCUCCCUGUUAAUUUAAAUAUCAGUGUGUGUAUGUAGUAAGAGACACAUUAAUAUGUGUCUUUAUAUGCACUUUCCUCUUUCCAUCUCUUAGGACCACUAAUAAAAGGGCAUUGAAACAAUCUAAACUCUUUUACCUUACGCAGGUUGGGCUCAACGUUUCAACAUUGAGCUAGAGAGACCAUUAUAGCUGUUGUAUACUUGAGUAGCCAGGGAUGUAGUGUGAGUGAUGUGUGUUUGAGAGCAAAGUCUCUCCUUUGAUUUCGGGAUUAAGAGCGAUCUCUGUCUAUGAAACACCAAGGAACUUGCUGUACCAAACAGUUGCUGCUAAACCUAUUUCUAACCCCACUGUGUUAUGUUUCAACAUUUUUUUUUUUUCAGUUGUGCUUACCUUGAGAGAGUACUGUGUUGCUGCAAAGGAUUCAAAGGAUUAUAAUGCCUAAAAUGUAUAACAUCUGGGGUCUCAUUUAUCAGAGUGUGCGUAGGAGCUCUUGAGUGGUGCAGCAGAAAAGCAUUUGCACUAUCAUUGCGAGAUUGUGAAUUUGAAUCCCAACAGCCAUCUGGAGCCAGAAGUCGAAGAGAGCAAAAUUGGUCUAGGUGGGCGGGAUGGCAUAACAGUCUUUUUCAGUCUGUGUGACACUAGCCAAUUGUGGGUGUCUCUGAGGUCAUGUAUGAGGAAGAGGGUGGAUAGAACUUUCCUCUGAGUGUUACGCAACCCUGUGACGCAUAGUGGAAAAAGUUGUGGUGGCUGGCUUCACAUGUCUUGAAGGAAGCACAUGCCAGCCUUAUUCCUGUCUGGUUGGUAGCGGGUCAUGUGUGUGUAGAACAAGUUCUAAUUCUUUGCAUAAGAGCCACCAGUAUGUGUUACAAAGUUGGUAUUUAUCACAUGAAUGGGCAUUGAUAAAUCUCAAAAUUUCUCUGCCACACACUUAUAUAAAGAAAUCCCCCAAAUAUGGUAAACAACUUCUCUUCAAAAAGGUGAUUUUAUGGCUAUAUGCGCAAUCUAUUGCUCUAAUUUCCAGUUUUGGAAAUUCCCACAUUAUUGUUGACCUUUUCCCAGUCAUAUUUGGGACUAUAGAUGGUUGGGAAAUGCCAGGCCUGUGUCCAGUUUCUCAUUGAAAUAUGCCUGUUGCAACUAAAAUUGCACUGGGCAAACUUAAUGAGCCAUGCAAUGAUGUUCUCAUCAAUGAUGUUCCUGCGCACCUUAAAACCACGUCCCACCUUGCACAAAGCUACGAUUAUACUUUUCUACCACUAGGGGUUUCUGAUUACAUUUGGUCAGUAGUAGUUCUAAGUGUACGCACAUUGUCAAGCAUCCUAUGCGACUGCAGAACUUUGCAUAUGCACAGUUGAUAAAUGAGACCCCUGAACUUUAUAGUACUAAUGGUGCCGUCAUUCAACCACAUUCAUGGAAAGGGAGUGGCCAACACAUCUAAGAGAAAAUGGUCGCUCUUUGGAGCAUGUGUGUAGCCAUGCCUAUCUCACACACACACACACACACACAUGCACAUACACACUACCCUUGGGGUGUCAUGGGGUGUUGUGUACCUACAUGUAUGAUCUUUGGUUGGGUUUCUGCAGUGCACUUGUGGAUGAAUCUGUAUUCUAUUUUGUUUAAAUCUGUUUUGUCUACUACUUAUAUAGUUGCAUAUUGAUUAAAAAAUCAAUUGCAAAGGAUUUAAAUGAGAAUGUAAUUGUUUCAAAAGUGUAUUGGUGUGUAGGGCUAUUUGAGGCCCUGAAGGUUUAUCACAGCUUUCUAGUUAUUUUUAAUGUGCCAUAAUUGGUGGGGAAAAAAUGUAUUAUUACUGUCUUAAUUAAGCAUUCAAAGCAUGGGAUAAUCCCAAUUCUCAAAAAGUCCCAGUUACUGGAAAAUCCCAAACAGCAAAUCUAAUAGCUCUAGUAUCAUAAGUUGUGACUGCAAUGAAGUGAUUAUACGUUAAAGCAUGGCAAAUGAAGUUCAAGGUAAAAUGUUUUGGGUUAAGUUCAAUUUGAGCCCAUAUCCAAAUAUGUAAAGUUCACCAUUAUUAGAAAGUAAGUGUACUAAAUUAAUUUUGUCUUUUCUUUUAUCAUUUAUAAUUCACCAAGAAUUGGAGUCACUUCCUCUAUAAUCCAGGGCACUAAGGACAGAAAAAAAAAAGCUAGGCUUAAUCAGCCAUUAAACUGAAUGGUACUUUCUCAAAACUUGAAAUCACUUAUCUCUCUUAUAUUGUUAUUAUAUUCAUUGAUGUAUUUUAUUUGGAUAAUCUGUCACACAUUUCUUCUCCCCUUUUGUUUGUUAUGGAGUUGAUUUUGCCUAGUAGCUAACAAGAUAAAAACCAAAAGAAGCAGGUAAAUUUGUUUUGCAAGGCAUUCAGUGGAUUCUUUGUUCUGAUGUCCCUAAUGUUACGCAUGAUAGAACUUUGUGAUUGAUUUGCACUUUAUUAUACACCCGUGCACAUAUAUACACCCGAGUAUAUGUGACGGGUUUCUCUGUGCUUACAGGUAAAGGAAGAUUCCAAUGCAUCAACUAUGUGUCUUUUACUGUGUAGAAAUAAACUAUGAUCAUAUCAGG